UUGUUUUUAUUGUAGAGCUUUUCAAUAUAAAUAUUAUUAAAAAUAAGGUAUAAAUAAUUGACUGAAACUGUAUUCCAAUAAUAAUAUGAUAUACAUUAUGAACGUUAUGAACGAAACAAUGGCUGAAAUGAGUGUUUAAUUUGAUUUAAAUUUGAAUUAAUAUUAAAUAAUUGAUUAUAUUUUUCAUUAAAAUUACAUAAUUUUUGGUCAAUUGAGUGGUCAAAGGCAUCACUUGUAAUACCCGAAGAUAAUGGACACGACUACAGACACAGUACCCGAUCUGAAGACAGUGUAUUCACUGAUCAAAAGUUUUUAUUUAAGUGAUCCAAAACCCGAAGUGCACCGCAAUAUGGAGGCCAUACAGGACUCGGUCUACGGCUGGACUAUUGCCGAUCAAAUACUUAGUGACCAAAACUCGGACAUCUAUUGUCGUAUAUUUGCCGCUCAAAUACUCAAGAAUAAGAUCGAGAAACACUUCCAACAGCUGCCACAAGAAAGCUAUUCCCAGUUGAAGGACAAGAUUAUCCAACACUUGCGCAACAAUAAGGAGACUGUUGUUCGCACACAACUCUCGCUGGCCAUCACUUACUUGGCUAUAUUAGUACCCGAAUGGACGCAUCCGAUUGAAGAGUUGGCCCGACAGGUGCCCGACGUAUCAAUUCUUAUAGAAAUAUUGAUUUGUUUGGCUGAAGAAGUACAGGGAGAACGCAAUGCUAUCAGAAUUGGAGGCAAAAGAAAGGCUGUAUUCAGUGAUUACUUGAAGCAAAUUUCCAAUGAUGUGAUCCAACUCUUGAUGAAGACAUUGAGUGAAACCAAAAUCAAUUGGAAUCAAGAGAACAGUCAAACUCAGGAACAAUUGUUGUCCGAUAUCUACAAAUGUUUGGGCGCUUGGCUUCGAUUUAUAGAUGUUUCGGUUAUCAACCAAAUUGAGCCAAUUCUUACCUCUGCUUUUGAAGCCCUCCGGAACCCAAACUGUCCGAAACUGAUUCAUGAUUCGGCUUCCAAUACAAUCUGUGACACAGCAAUACUUUGUGAAGAAUACCAAACUUACCAACAAUUGACUCACUAUCUUCUCAAUCAAGUAUAUCAAUUGGAAACAGCAUAUCAUCUGGCAGUGGCUAAUGAAGACACAGAGAAAGUAGAAAAUUAUACUAAAGUUAUUACCGAAUUGGCUGAAUCAGUGAUUGAUCCAUUAAUUAUCAACGAAGUUGAUUUAAAGAUAUUGGAUCUCUUACUGACUUGUUGUGGUCACUAUGAUAUUGAGAUAAUAGACAUAACAUUUUACUUUUGGUAUAUGUUUUCUGAAAAGAUAUACAACCGGCGAACCACUACUUUCAUACCCCAUUGCAAUCGAUUGAUGGCCGCACUCACCAAACAUUGCCAAUUAGACUCUGACUGCGUUGCACUUCUUGACUAUAAAUCAGAUUUAUAUGAACUUCGAUGUCGAGUCAAAGAUUUAGUCAAAGAAAUGAUUCCAACAAUUGGUAUCAAGAAUUAUAUUAAUGGCAAUAAUAUUAUCGAUACUUUAAAAACAGUAAACGCAUGGGAAGUGAUUGAGUCAAAUCUUUUUAUAAUUAGUUGUAUUAUCGGCCAAAAGGUCGAACCCGAUGACAAUCAAAUGAUUGCUGAAAUUAUUAAUUUAGUUUUAAACUAUACAUCAGUGAACCAGAGUUCACAACAUAUCCAAAUCUAUGCCACUAUUUGUAAUAUAUUAGGCGAGCUUUCAGAUUGGCUUAAAUCAAACGCCAUGUAUUUGGACGCAGUGUUGAAUUUCUUGCUUAAUAUGAUAGCAAACUGUCAUAAAAUUGAAGAGUUGUCAUCACAUGCCGCUCAAGCUCUUCAAAAAAUUAUAGAGUCGUGUGCUUCACAGCAUUUGGUUGGAAAUCAUAAUUUAAUAUCAAUUUUGAUUCAAAUCUGUUCCCAAAUAGACCUAAUAAAGAGCGCCGAAGCCUCGACUAAUUUAGUCCAAUGUUGUGCUGCUAUUAUAUCGGCAUCCGAUCAAAAUCAGGACCACUUAGUCGCUCAGCUAUUAACACCUCAUUUGGAGAGACUUCAAGAUUUAGUGAACAACAAAGCAAAUGAAAGUCAAAUUGUUAUUUAUUUCGAUAGAAUUGCCGCUAUAUUUAGGAAAAUGAAAUUAAGUGAAGUAUCACUUCAUUCACCAAUAUUAGCCUCAUUAGUGAACGACCAGUUAUGGCCAUUGGCUAGCAUUGCAUUGACGGCAUACGCGGCAACAAAUCCACAUUUAAUUGAGAGAUGUAGUCGUUGUUUGAGAUUUCUUAUCCGUUCAUUCAAACCCUCGUGGCUUUUGCAGCCAAUUGUCAACCAAAUUGUGCCACUCUAUCAACAAUUUCCAAAUCACACCUCAUUUCUCUAUUUGGGAUCCAUUUUAGUGGAUGAGUUUGCAUCUGAAAAUGACAUUACUAUAUCUUCAGGACUCAUCCGAAUGCUUAAUGAAUUUUCAUUGACUACGUUUAAACUGUUAUGUGAUUCCCAAUUACGACAACAUCCCGAUACUAUCGAUGACUUUUUUAGACUUUGCACUCGAAUUCUUCAAAAAUGUAGUAAUGCUUUCUUAAAUAACGAUAUGUUGGAUAAUAUAUUGAAGUUAUUGAUAGCCGCAAUGCCAUUAGAGCACCAGGAUGCCAAUGGAUCAGUUGUCAAGUUUGCUAUUGAGUUGAUUGAAGUAAAAAAUUAUAGACAUUUGAUUGAGAAGUUGCUUAAAGAAGGUUUUGGCCAAAAAUUGAUGGAUGCAGUCAUCAAUGCAUCGCUCUUUCAUUUGCCAUCAUAUAUGGUCACAGAUAUGACUGAUAUUUUAUGGAGUUUGAUUUCAUUUGAUCGAAAUGCAGCAAACGAAUGGUUGGCCAAUUCAUUGAAGUCAGUGCCGGCGCAAAAUAACACAACAAUGACUACCGCCAGUACCGAACAAUUGGAGGAUUUCUACAAAGACUGCAUUAAAGCAAGUAAUCCAAAAUUGAUCGCCAAUUCAUUGCGAUAUUUGGCACGACUUUAUCGAUAGUAUGGAUAAUUGAAAAGUAUUAUUGAUUUAGCAAAUGUUGUUUCGACGAACUAAUAAAUUAAAAAUAAAUUUUA